UGGGGGGCGGGGCUCGGGCAGCAGCGCUGGGCACCCCCUCCCCCAGACUUGGAAGGAGCAGUUCCAGGUCAGCAGUUGUGGCUUUGAGACCGGCAUCGCUCGGUUUGGGAGACUCCAGUGCAGGCAGUCUCCGAUUGACGAUAUCUGGACUUCUUUCAUGGUAGCCGCACACCCACUUCUGUAUGAAUUUCAGACUUUUCUGUGAAGUCAUUUCCAUAAGGAGCUGCAGAAGUUGAAUUUUCAUGUUCUGUAUGUGUUCCCUUGAGAGUUAUUAAGCGCCGUACAAGUUCUAAGCGGUUAUUUUGCUGAUGUGGUGGUGCUAGGUCUGUUUUUUUUUACAGCGUCCGAGGCACACGGGUUGAAUUCCACUGUGUCACACAGCCUAGGAGAGUCACAGCUCUUAAUUCAGAUUUUUUUUUUAAAUAGUAGAUUUUUAACCCAUAUUGCAUGAAUCUUUGUGUAUGACUUAAAGGAGGGGUGCAUAAGACUUUUUCCAAUUGUUCCAACUCCAUAGGCUGAAAAGACUCUUCGCAUUGAUCUAUUUCUCCACUGUUGUCAAUAUCACUAUUUCUUGGAAUGCCUGGGUGGCCCAGUUAAGCGUCUGCCUUCAACUCCGGUCAUGAUCUCAGGGUCCUGGGAUCGAGCCCCUGCAUCCGGCUCCUUGCUCAGUGGGGAGCCUGCUUUUCCCUUUGUCGCUCCCCCUGCUUGUGCGCUCUCUCUGUCUGACAAAUAAAUAAAAUCUUUUUAAAAAUACCACUAUUUCUUGAUUACUGUAGCUUUAGAAUAAAUCUUGAAGUCAGAAAGAAUGAGUCCAAAUUUUGUCCAGAGUUUUCCUUCUUUGAGUAGGAUUGACUAUUCUAGUUUUUUUUUUUUAUUUCAAUAUAUAUUUUAGUAUCAGCAUGUCAAAUUUUGCAAAAAGAUGGAGAUUUUGUUGAGAUUUUGCUUGAGAUUGCAUCGGAGAGAACAGAUAACAACCUGGAGUCUUUAACUGCAUGAACAUGGUAUAUCUUUAGGUAUAUAUUUAGGCGUUUAAAAAUAGUUCUAAACAUACACAGCUAUGUUAGUUUCAGGCGUAUAAUGAUUCAACAGUUCUGUACAUUGUUCAGUGCUCAUCAAGAUAGGUGUCCUCUCAUUCCACCCACCUCUCCAUGGCAACCACCAGCUUGUUUUUUUCUUUGUUCUUUUGUGUUUUUUCUUAAAUUCCAUAUUUAAGGGAAAUAAUAUGGUAUUUGUCUUUCUCUAGCUGAUUCAUUUCUCUUAGCAUUAUACCCUCGAGGUCCAUCCAUGUUGUUGGGAAUGGCAAGAUUUCACCCUUUUGUAUGGCUGAGUAAUAUUUCAUUGUAUAUACAAAUACCACAUCUUUAGCCAUCUGUGGCUGGACACUUGGGUUGCUGCCAUAAUUUGGCUAUUGUAAAUAAUGCUGCAGUAAACACAGGGGUGCAUAUAUCUGCUCAAAUUAGUGUUUUUGUUUCUUAGGUAAAAACCACUAAUAGAAUUAGUGGAUCAUAUGGUAGUUCUAUUUUUAAUUCUUUGAGGAACCUCCAUACUGCUUUCUUUCCACAGUGGCUGCACCAAUCUGUAUUACCAGGAUUCCUUUUUCUCCACAUCUUCACUGACACUUGUUACUUUGUCUUUUUGCUUCUAGCCAUUCUGACAGAUGUAAGGUGAUAGCUCAUUGUGGUUUUGAUUUUUAUUUUCCUGAUGAGUGAUGUUGAGCAUCUUUUCAUGUGUCUGUGGGCCCAUCUGACUGUCUCCUGAGAGCUACAGUGAAUGCAGGCUUGUAGACAAGGCCCACGGCAGGAAUGGCGUGGGUCCUCUGUUUGAGCCCUGGAGGGAGGGAGGGAGGGAGGUCCCCUUCCUGGUGGUAGGAGUAGAUUACAGGAAGACUAGAUUACAUUCAGCUUGCACUCGGAGAUUUCUCCCUCUUGUGUGUUGGGAAGGGUGAUAAAAUCAUGUUACCUCCUGGCUCAUUUUUAUUUCAUGGCCUUGCCUUCUUGGGACUGUUCCUUUCUCAGAGAGAAUUGCAUGGAAGAGAAAGGAAUAACCCCCGGUCUCUUCAGCUCCAAGUCCCUGGAACAUGGGAACCAACCAGGCUGUGGAGCGUGAAGGUGGAGGCAGGUCCUUCCUUCUGAGCCCAGGAAGCCAUGUGAUGCUCCUUGUCAGAACUUGGGGAGCCUCAAGAAUGAAGAAGGCCCGGAUCUUCUGCUUCUCCGGAUUAGGAAGAUCAGAGGAGAAAUAAAAGUGCUUCCACUCUGGGAAAACUUAGGAGAGGCGAUCAUGGAGACUUGGACCUCAAGGCCUGGGGAGAGAGCUGUCCGCUCUCAAGCCUCAGCCCUUUCUCAGGAUGGGGAGGACAAGACCGAGUUUCAGGAGCCAUUGACCUUCAGGGACGUGGCGGUGGUCUUCACCGAGGAGGAGCUGAGGCUGUUGGACCGCGCCCAGAGGAAGUUGUACCGAGACGUGAUGCUGGAGAACUUUAGGAACCUGCUCUCUGUGGGAGACAAGAAUGAAAAGGAAAUGGAGUAUAUUCAAGAAAGAGAAUUGAAGUGCCUUUCCUCCAGAGAGCUCUCCUACUGGAAAAUCUGGGAACAGGUGACUGGUGAAUUAACUGGGAGUCAGGAUCAUAGAGUAAAUCUUCAAGGGAAAAGUUUCCAAUUCUCAGAAGACGCUUCUCCCUGCCAAGGGUGGGAAGGAGCACCUGCUCAGGGUUCACACAUUGACCAUCUGGUGGGCAGUCUACAGAGACCCAUCGGCUCAGAAAAUCAAGAGUUUCCACCCUGGAAAGCUGUAAGAUGGGUAUCCGCUCAAGAUUCUUGGAUGAAAGCCCUUGUGAAUGAGCCGUGGAACAUUCGCGAAAGGUGUAAAAAACUUGACAGGCCUGAUACAAUAUAUAAGCAUGAGGGGGACAGUUACGGCUUCAGCUGGAUAGCACGUUGUCACAAUGACCGCAGAUUACCCGAAAGAGAGAGACCCUGUAAUUGCGAUCAGUGUGGAAAGGACGGCGUUAAAAAGCUGAUACCUCAUCGCCCUAGCCCCCAGGAGUAUGACCGGAGAAGAAAUGACUGCGGACACGGCUUCAGGGAAGAGUCACACCUUCCCACUCAUCCAAGAGGGCCCUCGAGAGAGAAACCCCAUAAAAACGAGGUCGGUCCGGCCUUGAGGCCGACCGCCCACCUCGAGAGACCUCAAAGGCCUCCCUCGGGCGAGAAAGCCUCUGAAAGUCAGGAGUGCGGCCGGGGCCCGAGGCCGAACCCGCGGCGGCCCCGCCGGCCCCGGGCCCCUGCAGGGGACAUGCCCUACAGCUGCGACGUGUGCGGGAAGGGCUUCCGGUACCAGUCGAUCCUCCUCGUUCACCAGGGCGUGCACACGGGCAAGAAGCCCUACGCGUGCGAGGAGUGUGGGAAGGCGUUCGGCCGCAGCUCAAACCUGCUGGUGCAUCAGAGGGUGCACACGGGCGAGAAGCCCUACAAGUGCGCCGAGUGCGGCAAGGGCUUCAGCUACAGCUCGGUGCUGCAGGUGCACCGGCGGCUGCACACGGGCGAGAAGCCGUACGCGUGCGGCGAGUGCGGCAAGGGCUUCUACGCCACGUCGGCGCUGCGCAAGCACCAGCACGCGCACCCCGGGGAGCGGCCCUGCGGCCGGGCGCGCGGCGGCCAGGCCCUCACGUGCGCCUCGCCGCUCGGCCGGCACCCGAAGGCGCACGCGGGCCAGAAGCCCUACCGGUGCGACAAGUGCGACAAGGGCUUCAGCUACAACUCGUACCUGCAGGCGCACCAGCGCGUCCACACGGGGCAGCGGCUCUUCGAGUGCGACGUGUGCGGCAAGAGUUUCAGCUACAGCUCGGGGCUCCUCCGGCACCAGAGGCUGCACACGGGCGAGAAGCCGUACAAGUGCGAGUGCGGGAAGGCCUUCGGCCGCAGCUCGGACCUGCACGUCCACCAGCGGGUGCACACGGGCGAGAAGCCCUACAAGUGCGCCGAGUGCGGCAAGGGCUUCCGGCGCAACUCGGACCUGCACAGUCACCAGCGGGUGCACACGGGCGAGCGGCCCUUCGUGUGCGACGCGUGCGGGAAGGGCUUCAUUUACAGCUCCGACCUCCUCAUCCACCAGCGGACCCACACGGGCGAGAAGCCCUACAAAUGCGCCGAGUGUGGCAAGGGCUUCAGUUACGGCUCGGGGCUCCUCAUCCACCAGAGGGUCCACACGGGCGAGAAGCCGUACAAAUGCGGAGAGUGCGGCAAGGGCUUCCGGUGCACCUCGAGCCUCUACAAGCACCAGCGGAUCCACACGGGCAAGAAGCCCUACACGUGUGAGCAGUGCGGCAAGGGCUUCAGUUACGGCUCCAAUCUCCGCACCCACCAGAGGCUGCACACGGGCGAGAAACCCUACACGUGCUUUGAAUGCGGCAAGGGCUUCAGAUACGGCUCGGGGCUCCUCAGUCACAAGAGGGUGCACACCGGGGAGAAGCCGUACAGAUGCGACGUGUGCGGCAAGGGCUACAGUCAGAGCUCACACCUUCAGGGUCAUCAGAGGGUGCACACGGGCGAGAAGCCCUACAAAUGCGAGGAGUGUGGGAAGGGCUUUGGCCGAAGCUCCUGUCUUCACGUCCACCAGAGGGUGCACACGGGCGAGAAGCCCUACACGUGUGCGGAGUGCGGCAGGGGCUUCAGCUACAGCUCGGGCCUGCGGAACCAUCAGCGAGUGCACGGCAGUGAGAAACCUGGCAAGUAGGCGAGCGUUCAGGUGGCACCGCGAACUGUCCACUCCACGCGAGCGCCGGUGCGGGAGGAAGCCUUUGGGAACGCGGUGUGUAGGGUCGGCUGCGGGGGGAGGCUGACCUGGUCACGCGGCCCUUGCUGCAGAGGAAGGAAAGACCCAGAAGUUCGAGAGACGGGAAGAGCACUUGAGUCGCAGGCCUCCUCGUCUCCGAGAGUCUGUCGCGCGGCGGACUGUCCUUCAGGAAGUAGGACGGGGCCUCAGCAAAGAUCGUCACUCUCAUCAGAGUCGGCCCGGGAGGGAGCUUUUAUAAAUGAUAGGAGCAGGUUGUGGACGUGGAUUCCUGGGUGGGGGUGGGGGUGGGUGGAAAAUACCUACAGGUGGGACAAAUGUAGGAAAGAAUGGUCACCUUACUAAAACCAGUAUUGUGUGUACCUUUUAGAAGAUCAGUUUUACAGAAAUCGAAAGAUGGUGUGGGGCGCCUGGGUGGCUCAGUUGGUUAAGCGACUGCCUUCAGCUCAGGUCAUGAUCCCAGGGUCCUGGGAUCGAGUCCCACAUCGGGCUCCUGGCUCAGCAGGAAGCCUGCUUCUCCCUCUCCCUGCUCUCUCUGUCUCUGUCAAAUAAAUAAAUAAAUAAAAUCUUAAAAAAAAAAAAAAAAAGAAAGAUGGUGUGACUGUGCGUUGAGGCCAGGCGCUUUUAGAAGAGCGGGAACAGUUAGAGGGAGGGCCCCCCCUCUUGGCGGGUGUGGGUGAUGCGUCUCCAUCAUGUUUUUUAUGCCACGUGGUGGUGAAUGUGUUUUAUCUCCUAGAGAUAAACUGCUCUCCUAGAGAGGUUGUGCUGAACUGCGGAGCCAUUUCAUUUUAUCAGGUUUGUUCUGUUUUGUUUUGAAGUAGGCUCCAUGCCCAGCACGGAGCCCACCGUGGGGCUUAAACUCACGACCCCGAGAUCAAGACCUGAGCCGAGAUCAAGAGUCGGACGCUCAACCAACUGAGCCACCCAGGCACCCCUCAUUUUACCAGGUUUUAAACACAAAAGGCAAUUGGCAUUGCAUUGAAUUUAUAGGUUAAUUUGUUUUAUUGCUAUCAUGAAUAUAAUGCUUCUGCCCCGUUUCAUUUCGUAGUGUUUUUGAACAGACAAGGCAACUAUUAGAGCAUUUUAAAGAAUCAGAAAUACCAUUUUAAGUUGUCAGAAUAGCCAUGGAAAAAGAGAGUCACCAAAGCCACCAUCAGUGGGGAUCUGUGGAAACCUGCACCUGUGAAUUUAUUGGUGGGGGGUGAAGAAAAGUAGCCUUUUGGAAAAGAAUUUGUCAGUGUAUCAAGUUCAAAUUUGUGUAACCUUUGAAGUGGCAAUAAGUGUGUAGUAAUUGAUACUUGGGAGAUAGUUGCACAUAUGGAAAAAGAUGUAUGCAUAUGGCUGAGUUUCUUAGCAUUUUCUUACCAUAGCAAAAAAAAAAAAAAUGUUAAUACUCCAAGUGUAAUAAAUUAAGGCACAUGUAAAUGAGUGAAAACCACUAAAAAUAUUCAGGUACACCCACAUAGACAUUGAAGGUUGCCCACAAACCAUUUUGUGAACCAGGAAAGUUGGAGAGCCAUUUUAGCAUGGUCCCGUUGUGUUAAUACGUUUUUUGCGUGCAUAUGUUUAUAUAGAGAGAAAGACACAAAAAUGUGUGAAAGGUUAGUAUGAUAACUGCUUACCUCUAGUAAGUGGGAUGCGGGGUGUGUAAUACAUCUGUGUACUUGUACGUAUUUUACUUUUUAACACAGAGUAUAUAUAUCAAUUUUGUAACAAUAGUAAAGCUAUUUUUUAAAAAAAAUUAGUCUGGUGGAACAGUGCCUUAUGGUCAAAGAUCCAUGUCACAACCUCUAUAAUUUUGUUGUUGUUGUUGCUUUUUCUACUGUUUACUUAGCACCUAGUACCAAAUAUAAGGUAUACAAAUGAACUGAGAAAUUUGUGAAUUAGAUGCUGCAUAAUUUUUGUUGGCUUGGUCGGAAAUGAGGGUGGUCUGGGUAAUUGGGAGGAGCCGGGGUGCUCCACUCUGCACUCUGGCCCUCUGGGACCAGUGAGCCCCCAAACCU